AUGUUUAGCUUUAGAUUAUUCAAAAUUUUUGAUGAUUUUUAUGAUAAACGAUCGUUGUCGAUAAAUUCAUUGCAGCGUGUCGGAUGGAUGCCGACAGUCAUCGAAAGGCGUGAAUCUUUGGCUAUGAUUUCUUUGGCGCGUGGAAGAUCGAUUUUGCUGCCAACUGUGACGAUGAUGUGUUCGAGUCCGGUGUUCCAAGAGCGUUCUCCCGUUAUUUCAAUCAAUGAAGUAAAAAUCAGCUCAAAACAAAUCGUUUUAAAGCUUAACUCAAAUUGUAGUUAUUUGAAAGGUUGGAAAUUUAAUGCAACUCUUAAGGAAGGAGAAGAAAUAAUAAAAAUCAAAAAAGUUCUAAAGACGAUGAAUUUCAAAAAAUUGAAAGCAAACACAGAAUAUUUUAUUACUUUAAUGGGAUUUGAGAAUAAAACCGCAUACGAUUGGAAAAAUGAUGAUGACAUGCAGUUCCAGGAUUUUUUCAGUUAUCAGUUUAAAACGUUACCGGAUCCGGAAAUUGAGACUCAGAGAAAUAAUGAAUCAUUGGAAAUUCAUCAAAAUGACACAAUUCUUAAAGUUAUCAAACUAAAGCCUUGUCAAGCCUAUGAUUCCGAUGGAAUUCUGACAACUCGUUUAACCGCUUGUCCUUGUUCAGAAAUAAAAAAAUUGGAAAUAACAUUUGAAAGAAAUGAUACGACCUUAACUGUGGAUUUAAAAUGGAAUAACCUCAAAAAGUCAGAAGAAAAUGUUUUAUGUAACUUAAAGAAUUAUGAAAUAACAAUCGGAAAAAAGAAAUAUUCGAAUAUAAGUGAAAAUUUCUUUAAAAUUCCGUAUUGCGAAAUAUUUGAAGAUGAAAAAGUCAAAGUCGAAGGACGCAGUUUUGAAGAUAUUUUAUUGAGUUCGGGAGAAAUUGACAUUCCCUUCCUGAAAAUUGACAAAUUUAAAAGUUUUUCUGUGGAAUAUGAAAAAGAAGAAAGUAAAAAAGAGUUGAAAGCGCAUUUGAAAUGGGAAGUAGAACAGAAUUUCACAGCAUGUAAUUACUCAUUUGAAAUAGAAGAUGAUGAAAAUGUUAGUCGGUCAUUGGAUGUUGACCUAAAAUUGAGUCGUUGUGAGACCCGUAACAAAACUUUUAACUUAUAUUACGGAGAAAUUUUUGCUGAAAAGCAAGUUGUUGAGUUAGAGACGCCCGUUGAUGAAAUAGAAUUAACGGGAGAUUUUGGAACUAUUAAACUUUGUGAAUUUCCAAGUCAUCAUCUAAAAUACGAAUUAACAGUCGAAUGGAUGUCAUUUUCCGACGAAAAUUCAACUUGUCAAGAUAAAUUACCAACUGAAGAUGAGAAAAGGAAAAUUUACAACUCCAAUGAAACUGAAGUAAAAUUAGAAAAACUUGUGUAUGGAUCAAAUUAUAAUUUUUCUUUAAACGUUUAUGAUGAGAAAUUGAAGCAAAUUGUAGCUUCAUUUAACGUUUUCAACACUACAAAAGCACAAGAGCCAAAUCUUAAUUUUGAAGACAUUUUUGUGGAAGAGUCAUCUUUGGUCUAUCGAAUUUCUGAUGAGGUUGUCAAAAAUAACAUGGACAUGAUACAAAAUGCAUGCGUUGAGUUAAUUCAUCCUGAAAUAAAUUCAACAAAAAUUGUCACUCAUGAACUCUGGAAUCCAUUUAGAACAGGAUCUCCCCGAAGAGAGCGAUUUAUUGACCUUAAUUCGUUCUACAGCAACGAAAAAGAAUGGACUUUGAGUUUGAAACUCCAAAAUUCGCUUGCUGAAAAAGUUUACACUCAAAAAUGCUUCAAAAGAGUUUCGUUGGCGCUCUUUCUGAUUCCUUCCUUGAUGUUUGUGGCUUUAGCAAUUUCAAUCAUGAUCUAUUGUUCGCAAAAGAAACAGAAGAAAAAACGUUUAAUUUUUGACAUUAUGGAAAGUAUUUCGCCAAACAUGGACAUUCCUGUUAAAGAUUUUGUUCCGUUCAUACAAAACUUACCCGACAAAUCGCACAUCAUCAUGGAAUAUCAAAGCAUCGAUACGACUCCAAUCGAUCAAAGUUGCAUUAUUGGUCAAGAAAACAAGUCAAAAAAUCGUUACAAGAACAUUUUACCUUUCGACCAUAAUGUUUUGGAAGUUUCAGAUAUCCCGGAUUUGGAGUACAUUAACGCUUCGAUGAUUCAAGGAUAUGAUGGCGAAGAACAAUUUAUCGCUACACAAGGACCUACUGAAGAAACUUGCAUUGAUUUUUGGAACAUGAUAAUCGGAAAAAAUAUCGAAGCGAUUGUCAUGUUAACGUCGUUUCAAGAGGGAAAUCGCGUAAAAUGCGCUCGUUACUUCCCGGAAUGCGAUGAAGACUUGUCCGUUGGCGAUAUUUUGGUCAGUUGUGAUGGUUAUGGUUUGGAGCCAACAUACGAAAGGCGACUUUUUACUGUCAAAAAAGGGGAUCGAAUGCUCAAAGUGCAUCAUUAUAAAUUCCUCAAGUGGCUGGAUCACAACGUUCCUUCGAAUCCCGAGUAUUUAGUUGAUUUUGUGAAAUUCAUUCGUGAACAAGGAUAUCAAUUUCCGUUGGUUGUUCAUUGCAGUGCCGGAGUUGGUCGAACAGGAACAUUCAUCGCUCUAUGGAUCUUAAUUGAUCGCAUCAAUAUCGAACACAGGAUCAAUGUGAGAGAAGUUGUUGGAAAAUUACGAACACAACGUGUGCAAAUGGUUCAAACUUUUGUUCAGUACGAAUAUUUGUAUCGAUGUUUGAUGUUGAUUGCUUACGAACAAACAAAAUUCAGUCUUGUCAAAAAAAUUAAAAAGCUAUGCAAAAAAUGA